AUAAACUAACACAUCACUGCGGUACCGGUACCUCCAUUUUAUGUUCUGCCAGUGCUGGAGUGAAUAAAUUGCCGAGAAUAAAGUUCCGAAAUAAAGUGUGCGAAAUACAAAUGGCACGGUGCCGGUUUAAACAAGCAUAAUACUAUUGGAUGUCUUCAGAUACAAGUUAAAAUCCUGUGGAUUAAAAGAUGCAAAGCAUUCUUAGAUACUUCAACCCUUCAAUUAAUGCAGUAAGGGGAUUCUACACAUGCUGCAAUGUAAAGGCACCAAAUCCUGCACAUUAUGACAAUCAAACAUUUUAUGAAAAUGUGAAUUUCGGAGAAAAACAUCACCCAGGCAAUGUUAGAGACAGACAUCGGCAAACGAAGGCUAUGCAGAGGAAAGCUUUUCAAAAACUUACCCGGGUAAGGGUAACUGACAAUAGUGCACUUGCAUUGCAGAGCUAUUAUCGUUAUCCCCGAGUGAUACAGGUCUACCAUAAAACUGGAUAUGGAAGGGUGGGUGACACUGUACUUUUAGCAAUAGGAGGACUGAUGAAAAGAGCACUUAUUAUUGGUCAAAAGAGAUCAAUGGGCCCCAUGAAAGCAAGGAUGGAUUCUAAUAAUGUAAUUUUAAUAAAUGAUGAUGGUACUCCAGAUGGCACAAGAAUUACAGUCCCAGUGCCAUCUUUUCUUAGAGGAAUUCAAUCUGCAAAGCAGAGAGUACAAAUUUCUAAAGUCAUUGCAAUUGCUGGGAGAUUUGUAUGAAAUACCUUCAUGUUAACUGCUUCACCUUUCUUUCCUCAGUUAUGCAUGUUAAUCCAACAAUGCGAUGGAAGCUAAAACUGGAGGUUUGUUCAGCUUUCCAUCUAUUGGUUAGAUUGUCUAACCUAGUUAUAUGCUUCUGCUAAAUAUGAGACCAUUGUGGAGAUUGGUAUAUCGCAAUUGUGCGAGAAUCUCACAAAUUUCUUUGUAUGCAUUGUAUUAUAAAAGUAUUGACACCUUUUAUGUGAAAUAUGAUUGUUGACAAAUCCACAAUGUUGGAUUAGUAUU